CCCCCCCCCUUGGUUUCUAUAUGACCGGGGUUGUCAAAAGCCUCCCUUUAAAUACCUUCUUCUGAGCCUCCACUUCCAUUUCCGCCUUUCAUCUUAUCUUGAUCGAUUCAGUGAUACCCACUUUGUAGCUCCUUCUUUCCCAACCCUCAUAAUCAUGGCUUCUCCUCAGCAAAUCCGUACCACCCUCACCGAUCUCCUGAAGAUCAACCAUCCCAUCCUGCUGGCAGGUAUGAACGUAGCCGCCGGGCCUAAGCUGGCCGCUGCGGUCACCAACGCUGGUGGCCUGGGUGUCUUGGGUGGUAUUGGCUACACCCCCGAUAUGCUUCGCGAACAGAUUGCCGAACUCAAGAGUUUCUUGAAGGACCAGAACGCACCCUUUGGGGUUGACUUGUUGCUCCCGCAGGUUGGUGGCAGUGCUCGGAAGACAAACUACGAUUACACCAAGGGCAAGCUCAACGAGCUGAUUGAUAUCAUCAUUGAGAGUGGCGCAAAGCUCUUCGUUUCGGCUGUUGGUGUUCCACCCAAGCAUGUCGUGGAGAAGCUGCACGGGGCUGGUAUCCUGUACAUGAACAUGAUCGGUCACCCCAAGCACGUGCAGAAGGCUCUGGACGCUGGCGCGGAUAUCAUCUGUGCUCAAGGUGGUGAAGGCGGUGGUCACACCGGCAAUGUCCCUACUACCAUCCUCAUCCCCACUGUCGCCAAACUGUGCCAGGGCCGAAAGAGCCCCUUGACCGGCAAGCCCGUGCAGGUGGUUGCUGCCGGUGGUCUGUACAACGGCAACUCGGUAGCCGCUGCUCUCAUGCUGGGUGCUUCGGGAGUCUGGAUCGGUACUCGCUUCAUUUUGUCGGAGGAGGCCGGUGCUCCUGUUGCUCACCAGGAGGCUGUUCGCACGGCUGGCUUCGAGGACAACGUCCGCACCAUUAUCUUCACGGGUCGGCCGCUGCGCGUGCGCAAUAACGAAUACAUCCAGAACUGGGAGGAGAACCGACGAGAUGAGAUCAAGCAGCUGACCUCCAAGGGCAUCAUUCCCGUCGAGCACGACAUGGAGAACCUUCCCGACGAUGUCGAUGACUCGGUGCUCGAGAACGCGCGCCCCUAUCUCAUGGGUAAGGUCGCUGCCGUUGUUAACGAGAAGAAGUCGGCCAAGGCCAUUGUUGAUGAACUUGUGACGGAUGCUGCAGCUUUGCUGCAAAAUGGCCACAAGAUGCUUGCCAAGCUGUAAAAUAUCUUAUUUGAUACCUACGUUGCAUAUGAUUCCAAAUCGGACUUGUCUUAUUCCGGCUGUGAUGUUUUUGAGACGACGAUGCAAUGAUACACUUACAUUCCUUGGUCUGGCCGUGGAAUUUUCUUUAUACCUGAAGCUUGAGCAUUGUUUGGCCCAGUCGGGCCAUCGAGUCCAUUUAUCCAUAAUAGUUUAUAUGAGAUUUGCUGUGAGG